AUGACGGGCAGGGCAAAGUGGGACGCGUGGACAAACACGGGCGGGGCAGUCACGAGCAAGGCAGAAGCAGAGGCGCGGUAUGUAGCAAUCGCGGAGAGUCUGGGCUGGAAGGGACCUUUUGGUGAAGACAACAACUGGGACAACGAAGACAGCGGAGGCGGGGGCAGCGGGAUGGGCACGGCGGUGAGCGCGAUGGCCCGCCCUGAGGCUGUGCAGGACAACAGUCUGCAUGGGCUGGCGGUGGCGAAUCGGGCGGACGAGCUUGCGCUGCUGGAUGGGUCAGGCGUCGACUGGGACGCGCGAUGA